AUGCCCCGCCAUCCGAAUUCGACAUCGGUAGUAGAGGUGGCUCCUGCUGAAGAACAGACCGCUCUACCCGAACGACAGGAUGCCAAUCCUUCAAGUACUCCUACAACCCAUAUCUCACAGCGUGUUACAAGAUCCAAGAGCCACCAUAGUGGAACUUCUGCAUGGGUUCGCCGUACUACACGCAAUGUGAACGAGGUUUCUACGGAUCAAGUUCUUACCGAAGAGGAGCAGCUGGAAGCCGCCCUGGCCGAGUCUUUGGCACAAGCGUCCGCGAGACCCGCCCAGGAAGGCCCAGUAAAGCAGACACGGAAGAGGCCCUCAAAGUCCAGGGGUCUCCUGACUUCGCAGAAAGCGCAGGAAGCAUUACCUCGACUCCAUGGACAACACACUACUCUGAAGCUGCCAAGACUAAGAAUUACAAACGACAGAAUAUUGGUUGUAAGGGAAGUAGACAGCCUAGCGCAAUCGCUGGAUACUGACGAACCAUUGGAUGCUUUCGAUCUUGAGCAAGCUAAGGACCUCGAACGUCGACGGCAACUCCUAUAUUUAGCAAAGCUCGAACGGCAGGAAGGCUACAUACCCCCUGUUCAAGGUGAGCAAGAAAGCGCCAUGCGCAGCACGCUUGUUCACGAUGUGGAUAACGAUGACUUCACUGCUGCAUUCAUCCUAAGGGAGAUGGCAAACAGUGACAUCACUGCUGAUCCUGAGAGCAUGGAUUUUGUCCAGAGGCUCAUGAAUCCGUCCGCUUCUGGAAGGACUUUGGAGUCGACCCACUCGGCUAAUAAAGAGAACACGCGCGAGGAUCCACCCCUUCGUCGUUCGACACGAAAUAAGACUUCCGCUGCUCCCGGAAGUAGAGAUUUGUGCUCAAAGACCAUCGAAUCUGAGCAACCAGCACCUGAGCCCUUGAAACUGGAUGAGGGCGAAGGUUUCAUGCCAUCCGCGGCGAACGAAUUCAAGUUUAAGUACGACAGCCCUUCCGGACUUCAAGCUAAAGAACUUGACGCACUUCUGAAGCCUCCGAGUCGUCCUAAGGCCUUUCCGGCUGAUAUUGCUGGUGAGAAGACUUUCGGCCAUAAGAGCUACAAAGGUUUUGGUAGUAGGCCGAAGGAGAAUGCUGCAGAUGAUAGGGUCAGAGAAAUGGAACUCGAACAUGCGCGAACACAGCAAGACGUAGAGAUGGCUAUGGAGCAAGAGGAUAUGUGGAGCGAGUUUUAUGGAGUUGAUGAAUGGGAGGAGUAG